CUUAGCUGAUUUUAUUUAUUUAGUAAAAGUUUUAUUUAGUAAAAGCUAAAAAUAUAAAUAUGGAGAUAGCCGACACUUAUUAUAGCAAAGAUGAAUACGUGGAAACGGCCUCUGGCAACAAAGUAAGCCGUCACACUGUGCUCUGCGGCUCCCAGAAUAUAGUGCUCAAUGGCAAGGUAAUAGUUCAAAGUGGUGCCAUUAUACGCGGCGAUUUGGCCAAUGUACGUGCUGGCAGAUAUUGUGUGAUAAGCAAGAACUCCGUGAUACGUCCACCUUAUAAACAAUUCAGCAAAGGUAUCGCCUUCUUUCCGAUGCACAUCGGUGACCAUGUGUUCAUUGGCGAGGGCGCUGUUGUGUCUGCGGCCACUAUAGGGUCAUUUGUCUACAUUGGCAAGAAUGCUAUUAUUGGUCGCCGUUGCACUCUGAAGGACUGCUGUGUAAUAGAGGAUGGUGCCGUGCUGCCGCCAGAGACAAAUGUAUCCAGCUACAUGCGCUACACGGCCAAGGGUACUAUUGAGGGCGGUCAAGGCAAUCCGUAUUUUGUGCCGGCUGCCAUGCAGGAUGAGAUGGUCAACUAUACUAAGUCAUUCUACGAGCAUUUUGUACGCACUCCAGCGCCGGCUAGCUGAGCUACGGCAUUAGUCGCUAAGCAUCCGAUAUAUAAAUUAAACUAACAAUAAGUAUUAUUUAUUUAUGCAUA